UAGAAAUGGCGAGUAAUUGGUGGCGACUGCUUCCAGUGGGCCUGUUCCUAGGGCUAAUGCCUGGCAUGACUCAGCAGGCAAGCCUGCUCGACACCGAUUACUAUACGGCCGGUGUGGUGGAGUUCCGCCAGUCGAUCCUCAGUUCUUCGGCCUCGGACUCGCUCGAGGGCUACGUGGAGAUAAUACACUCCGAGAACGCCAGCUCCACGGACAUAAUCGUCUUUCCCGAGAGCACCCUCAACUCGGCCUCCUCCACGUCCUUUGUGCCCAAUCCCGACGAUCGGAUUAGCCCCUGCUUGAGUGACCCCAACGCCACCUACUACGAGGAGUUCCUGGUGACCCUGUCGUGUGCGGCCCGCAACGCCAGCAAGUACAUCGUGAUCAAUCUCACCGAGAAGCAGAAGUGCGAGGAUGUCCCGGAGGACACAAGACCCUGUGCCUCGAACGGUCUGAAUGUGUUCAAUACGAACGUGGUCUUCGAUCGCCAGGGAGUGGUGAUCUCCAGGUACCGAAAGGUGCACCUCUAUGGUGAGGCGAAGAACAGCACCUUCGUGCCAGAACUGAGCACCUUCGAGACGGACUUCGGGGUCACCUUCGGGCACUUCAUCUGCUUCGACAUCCUGUUCUACACGCCGGCACACCAGCUCAUCGUGGAGCAGGGAGUCACGGACUUCGUCUACCCGGCCAUGUGGUUCUCCCAACUGCCAUUCCUCACAGCUGUUCAGACCCAACUGGGCUGGGCCUACGCCAACGAUGUGAAUCUGCUGGCCUCCGGGGCCAGUCGGCCCUCCAUCGGGAACAGUGGCUCGGGCAUCUAUCACGGACGGUCGGGCAGCUUGACCAGUGUCAUGAGGCAGGACUCCGGCGAGCGGAGCAUCUACGUGGCCCAGGUGCCGAAGUACUCCCGCAGCAGAUCCCUUCAAAAGCGAGUGAGGAGGAGCUUGCCCGAGGUGAAGUCCCGGCAGGCGGCGUCGACAACUAGUUUCUACAUGAAGAGGGACUACCUGGAGAACUACGAGACUGAGUUGCUGCAGUUUGAGGGAGUGAGUGGCACCGUCAACACAACCCUCUGCCAAGGCGGCUUCUGCUGCAACUUUGAUCUGGCCUGGAGGUCCCUGGGAAGUGCGGUGGAGAACGGCAGCUACUACAGCUACCGGAUGGGAACCUACGACGGCUGGCGCAACGAGCAGCGAGUGGACGCCAACUACAUCCGCAACUGUGGACUGUUCGCCUGCUCCGGAGACUCAAUCGAUGAUUGCGGCACCCUGUUGACGACCGAGGACAGUUUGCAGCAGCCCCGGGUGGCCUUCACGCGUCUGGCGAUCAGGGUCAGCUAUCCGGAGUCUCGGGAGUUCCUUCUGUUCCCCAGCACUGUGCUGGACACCCUGUUGCCCCUGGAACCCAGCCAGUUUGAGAUGUCCCAGCAGGUGUCCCCUGAAAAUAGCCACGUGUACGAUGUUCGCAUUGCGCUCAAGGAGUCCCAGGAGGUGAGCAACCUACUGACUUUCGCCGUCUACGGAAACUACUACGACAAUGAGUGUACUUUCGGCGAGGGAAGUGAAGAGCAGCAACUGGCCUGCGGUUAUAGAAGUGGAUCCAUGGGACUGACAAUCCCGGCCGGAUGGCUACUGAUAUCGCUGGUGGCUCUGGCCAGCAUCUGGACCCCAACUAAUUAAGAUCAGGGAACCUUGGUGACUGUAUCAAGCCACAAAUUCUAAACACAUUUUUUUUUGAUAUGAACAUUGAUUAUAAAAUACAAACUCAAG